UUGGUGCAUAGCGUUCGGCAUACGAUUGGCGAUCAGCUUGCGCAAGCGUUGGGGUUCAGGCUGGAACUACGGACGGCCUUCUUGAGGGCGAUAGAGCUGUCUGUGCUGAGGAGUAACCCUGAUUCGUUGAGCCUGCCAUGGACGCAGAUGGAGGCUGUGUGGGAAAUGAUUUACAAGUCCAGGCAUCUGGGGACACCGGUACCGGAGGCGUUCAGCACAAAGAUUCAGAGGAGAUUGGCGAGUACGAUGCCGCCGAGGCCGAUAGUAAAGCUGAGCACGGAGGAGACGUACAAGCACUUCAAGAAGUUGUUUGCGGACGGGAUUGAUGUGUUGAAUGUGCUGAAUUAUCACGAUUCGCAGAGUUUAUUGCAGAACUUUGUCAUGACGUUCCAAUCCCAAAAACCCCAACCCCUCGUCUACAUCCGCACUUUGCUCCAGUCCUUUUUGUUCAAAGACAUGAUCAUCCUCGGCAAGCUCUCCAUCCGCCACGUCAUCGAUGAUGACUUGAGUCUGGUCGUCCUCCCGGCAAGCAAACUCCUCGACCCAGCCAACGACCUCGUCGAAGCCCCCCACCACUGGCGAUACGCCCUCGCCCACCAAAUGGAAACCUUCCGCCAGCGCGCCGCCCAAUCCUACCUCGACAUCUUCCGCGCCUUUUGCCAGAACCGCUGCCGAAUCAGACGAACGCUCUGCCACUCGAUCCAAGACUGGGAAACGGUCCAGCUGGACGCUGAGCAGAUUGAUCAGCUGCUGCAGCACCAAAUCGAGGAGACGCCGCUGGUGUACCCGCCUACGGGAGAUGGGGGCGGGGGAGUAGGACCGACGUAUUCCCUCCCCUUGUCGAGCUGGGCGUAUCUGUACAAGUUGCGACUGAUGGAGUGGAUUGUGCAGCUGGGGUUCGAGCUGGAGAUUUAUGCGCCCGACGAGCUGGGGGGGAUGUACUGGUACCUAUCCGAGCUGGCUAGAUCCCGAGCGAGGUUGGUGGAUCGGAUCAGCUUUUUUACCAAGCACAGGGAGGCUGGGCAGCAGGCUGCUAGCCCGUCGGCGGGGCAGGAGGCGGCGUUUAACAAGUCGAGGCAGUAUUUGUAUCAGACUAGUUUGGAUGCGGCUAUCACCUGGGAGAUGGCGGAUGCGUUGUCGAACUUGUAUGCUGCGUUGGGGAGGUUGGGGUUGGUGGUGGCGCCGCCGAGGCCGUACAGUACUGAUGAGAUGAGGUAUGAUGUGCGGAUGAAGCCUUUUGCGGCGAUUGGGAUGCCGGAGCUGCCCAGUUGGGAGGUAUACAGGGCUGCGACGGAUAGGCGGCAGGUGGAGACGGGGAGGUUGCUGGAUGAUGCGAGUCUGAGCUUGGAGCAGGCGAGUAGGGGGUUGGAGGUUAUGGAGAGGCUGAGCGAGAAGGAUAGUUUUAGCGUGGGGUGUUUUGAGAGGUGGGUUGGGGGGGUUAAGGGGCAGACUGUGGCGGUUGAUAGGGCUGCGGUGGUGGUGGAGGUUUUGAAGAGGAGACUGGAGGAGAGGGGGGAGGAUAAAAAGGGGGGCAAGGAGUUGGGACUCAAGGUUGAGAUUGGCAAGGCGGUGGAGGGGGGGCAUGAGUGGUGGGUUGUUCCUACGAUAGAGGAGAUUGAUGAGGCUUGA